GUUAGCUAUUUUGAGGACCACUUCCUGGGAAGGUGGUAGGAAAUUUGAUGUUAUACUAUUUCGAGGACGAUGACGACCAGUUUCUCACAGAAGAACGAAAUCUCAAAACCCAUCGGUGCAAAUUAAUAUGGCGCAAACAACUGAAUGCAGAUCUUGGGCGAAAACAGUAUUAGAGACUUCUGUUGUGUCAUGUGUGUGAUACAGAAAACAAAAGAAAGAGGUUUCCUAAUGAUGUUUUAGCGAAUCCAAACACUGGUGCACUGAUCAGGUUACUUGCGAUGUCUUACUAUAUAUAGUAUCUUCUGAAAACACCAAAUUUUCUCUAUCAUCAAAUUUAAGGUUUCUUAGAGUGCAAAAAGAUCUACACACCAUGAAUGAUCAUAUCAUGAAGAUUGAAAUAGUAUCGAACGAGUCCAUUAGACCCUCAUCUCCAACACCCGAUAAGUUCAAUACCCAUAUCUUAUCCCGGUUUGAUCAGAUUUUUCCACCAUAUUAUGUCUCUCUUCUCCUUUACUACCUAAACUUGGAUAGUAAUAGCAGCAGUCUCGGCAAUGAUGAGAAGGAUAAGAACAUCAUCUUCUCGGAAUCAUCCCGGCAUCGUUGUGAUGUUCUCAAGAAAUCAUUAGCUGAGACCUUAACCAGAUAUUAUCCGUUGGCUGGAAGGAUAAAAGAUGAAAAAUCUGUUGACUGUAAUGACAAGGGUGUGGACUAUAUCGAGGCCAGAGUGGUGGGUAGAGUAUUAUCUCAAGUUAUGCAACUCGCAAGUUCUGAUAUUGGGGUUAUCCAACCAUUCCUAGCCUUUGAUGAGCCUUAUGGAGAGACUGGUUCCAACUCCAAAGCUCUCUUAAAAAUCCAAGUCAAUGUCUUCGAUGGUGGUGGAAUGGUUAUCAGUCUCAUCUACUGUCACAGGAUACUUGAUGGAUCUUCGUUCAUUAAUUUUGUGAAGGAUUGGGCAGCCAUAUCACGCAGUGGUUCUAGUACUCAUGGUGAUGAACUGAAGGUUGCGGCAGUUGAUAAGCCUUGUUACGUACUUUCUUCUAUGUUCCCGCCAACAACUUGUAUGAGUUUCGGCGAACAAGAAAAAAAUACAAGAGUCAACCAGAUUGUGGCGAAGAGAACUGAAUUAAUGACUAAAAGAUUCGUGUUCAAGAAUUCUAGUAUAGCUAAAUUGAUGGAAAAGUGCAUCCAUGACUUAAAUGCCAAUAAAGGAUCAGAUUGUCAGGUCGAUAAUGAAGAAGAGAACAUGCAUCAGCUGCCGACACGAUUUGAAGCACUAACUGCCCUUAUAUGGAUGUGUUUCAUGGAUGUGGAUCAUCAUUUCAAAGUAAAACAGAUAGAAGAUGGUGUCACCCCUAUCAACGCUGUUUCUACACCAAAGCAGGUGCAGAACAUAACAAAUAAUGUAAUAAAUUUGAGGAGUAAGAUGAUUCCACCCUUGCUAGCUAAUAGUUUCGGGAACAUGACUGAUGUUGCCAUUGCAGAAGUUUCCCGUUGUCUAACUGGUCGUAAUCUUACCAACAACGGGAACGGUUUUCAUGAUCAAAUUAGUCAAUACUACCAAGAGCUGGUGUCCAAGAUUAAGAAUUCCAUAAAGUCGGUCGACAAUGAGCACAUGAAAGCAUUGCAAGGUAAUAAAUUUGCAAUCUCAUGCAACCGACUGAAGAUACACCAAGGAUUCGGGGAAGGCCAUACAUGUAAUGUGUGACCCUAAGACUACAGAGUCGUUAACGUUUACCAGUAGGUGUAGGUUCCCCAUUUAUGAAGCAGACUUUGGAUGGGGAAAACCACUUGGGCUAGCAUCCGUAAAGUAUCUGUCCAAAAUCAUGUUGUGUUUAUGGAUACAAGUUCAGGGGACGGGAUAGAAGCAUGGGUAACCUUGAAAGCGGAGACAUGGUUGAAUUUGAACGUCACGAGGAACUCCUUGCGUUUGCUUCUUAAGAUUUCAUCAUUUCUUCCCUUUUGAGUUUUCUCUCCUUAAUUUAUGUAUGGUUUGUGUUGUUUGUCUGGGUCUUGUUUGUGGUAGGUUGUUAUCUUCCGUUCCUGUUGUAUGUUCAUUUUGCGUUUAUUUUCUUUCGUUGGACUCUUGUUCCGGCUUGAUUUUUUGUAAGGUGUGAUUUGGUCUUCUUGUUUGA